ACAGAUCGCUAAGUUUUUAAAAAUUCCGCUAAUUUCUGGGUAAUGGAGUACAUAAAAAAUACAUACAAAGAACAUACGAAAUUACAAUUUGCAGGUUAUGGGAAGUUGUGCGAGGUUAUGCGAAGAUAUGCGAAGCAUGCAUAAUCAGACCAUAAGUUUGGUUUUACCCGCUUUUGUCAACACGCGUGAAUCACCGGCAUGUCCGUCAUUCGUUCGAACGAGUGCGAUCCCCCCGAGCAAGGGCCGACGAAAUCCAAUGGCGGGGAAGAACCCAUCUCAAAUGGCUGUCUCAUCAACACGAUGAACAGCGAGUGAACAAAAGUUCAUUUUUAAUCGUGCAUUUGAUCGAAGUAGUUGUAAAUUGCGCAAAAAGUGUCAUUUGCGUGUAAUACAGAAAAUACAGUUGAAAUAUUAAAUAUUUCAUUAAUAUUUCGAUAUUCUUUUCCUAUCGCAAUCAAGAAAUAACGAUGUUUGUAUAAUAAGUGCGUUCAUUAGCAAGGGUAGAUUAACGCAUGGUGCUUACGCGUGCAAACAUAUUACAUACAGUACAUACAUACAUAAGUAUAUAACUGAAUUAUAAAAAAUUGUAAAACAACCAGCAUAAUGAUUAACGAUUAUAUCGAUAUGGAUACAAAAAGUAUUCGCUAUGUGAGUGAAUCGUCAAACGCUAGCACAAGUGGCUAUUCAACCAUGUCGCCUGGGCAUGCUAGUUUACAAUCAACGCCACCGUCGCCCUCGCAAUCUCCGGCAUCUUUAUUGCAGACUGAAUUUUCAAAUUUGAACUUACCCUCGGUGUCGCCUCAACCAUGUUAUGCCACAUUACAAAAUGCAACUCUGGUGUACAACAACCAAAAUGUUCUUCCCUCGGCUCCAACAAACAACUACAUUCACUAUAAUAUUCCUGGCACAGGUAUGCCUUCAACAAUGGUUUCGUUAACACAACAUCAAUACGGUGGACUGCAUCAACAAUCUUCACAAAUGUUGCCAAACCUUUCUGUGCCAUCUGCCUCCACGAUACCAACCGGUUUAUCACAUGGAAAAUAUCCUGCGGAGCUGCGAAUACUAGAACAUCCGGUCGAAAAAUUUCGCUUUCGUUACAAGUCUGAAAUGCAUGGAACACAUGGUUCGCUGAAUGGCGCCAAUUCAAAACGCACUCCUAAAACAUUUCCGGAGGUUGAGCUUUGCAAUUUUAAUGGUAAAGCGGUGAUACGUUGCAGUCUUUUUCAAACUAACCUUGAGAGUCCCCAUUCACACCAGCUGGUUGUGCGUAAGGACGAUACGGACAUUUGUGACCCACAUAAUUUGAUUGUUUCACCUGAGCGCGGCUAUGUGGCGCAGUUUCAAAAUAUGGGUAUCAUACACACUGCAAAGAAAUUUAUAUUUGAAGAGUUGUUGAAGAAAAAAAUGGAUCGUUUGAAGUUUGAGUUGGCCCGAAAUGAGCUGACAACGAAGGAAGUACAGGAGCUACACAAACAAACGGAAAAGGAGACGAAAGAAAUGAAUCUUAAUCAGGUGCGCUUAUGUUUCGAAGCAUUCAAAGUAGAGGACGAUGACAUCACAUACACGCGUAUAGCAGCUCCAGUCUACACGAACCCCAUUAAUAAUCGCAAAUCGGCCCAAACUGGUGAACUUCGCAUUUGUCGUCUGAGUAUUGUUACAGGUAGUGUGUCGGGAGGUGAUGAUCUCAUUCUUUUAGUAGAAAAAGUAAGCAAGAAAAAUAUUAAAGUACGAUUCUACGAAACCAACGAAGAUGAUGAGAUUGUUUGGGAAGCCUAUGGAAAAUUCCGUGAAUCCGAUGUACAUCAUCAGUAUGCGAUUGUUUGCCAAACACCGCCAUAUAAAGAUAAAGAAGUAGAUAGACCUGUGGAUGUUUAUGUAGAACUGGUGCGACCUUCUGACGACGAACGUAGUUAUCCACCGGCAACAUUCCGAUACAAGCCACGCGAUAUCGUUGUGUCACGUAAACGUCGUCGAACCUGCUCGAGUGCCACUAGUAGCUCGGGAUCAGGAAGUUCCCUAAGUUCCUUCGAAUUACCAAAGCCAGUGCAGGAACAAACAGCUAACAUAAAAAUGGAAGUAUCACAGACUCAAAUGCAAUAUACAGACAUGGGCAGUUCUCACUAUAUGAAUCAGCCAACCAUAAGUGAAGAAUAUGAUAAAAACUUCCAAAUCAGCAAAUUGAUAGGUAGCGAUAUAUUCAAGGAGUGUAUGCAUAUGAACUCGGAAGAGUUGGCCAAGAUUUGUCCCACAGAUUCGACGGACGCUAUAGAUAGUUUAUAUUCUGAACUUUCUUCAACUGGUACACUUGUCGAGGAUGGUACAUCCUCAACAUCUCUGACAAAUCGACAACUUUCCAGUGAUAUGCGCAAGAUUUAUGUGAAGUCUAUAUUAGGCACACAAGUGGAUGUCCAUACAAAUAGUAAUUUGGAGCGAAUUUUUAAAAUAUUUGAUGGAAUUCGAACCACCAAGAAUUUAGAUCAAGAUACGUUUGCCAAGGCUGCUAAAAUGGUUGAUGAAAUAUUUAUUGAACAUGCUGAAAGGAAUGAAUUGCGGGAGAGUAUUCUACAUGAGAUCAUAGUCAGCGAUAAUCCCAAACUCGUAAUGAAAACCUGCCACAUAUUGGAUUAUUUCAAACUAAAAUACCUAUUCAGCAAAGUGCUAAAUGCGCGCAAUGAGAGUGCUUUACAUACAGCAUGCCUAUACAAUCGUGAAAAAUACAUUCGUCCCCUAAUAGGGCUCGGCUGUGACCCAAAUAUUCAAAACACCUAUGGCGAUACAGCCCUACACAUAGCUGUGAAAGAACACCACCAAAAAUGCAUUGAAAGUUUUCUCAACAGUGAUAUACAACCCGAUUUGACAAUUAAGAACGAUGAAGGCUUCACGCCUCUUCAUUUAGCAAUUCGCCAAAACAACUAUGAUGUUGCUAAGAAAUUAUUGCAACACGAUCGUAGUGCGGCGCUUGUUCCCAACGCAAAGGAGUGCAACAAUGGUUUACAUAUGGCGGUAUUGCAAUCAAAUUUUGAACUUGUCAAAUUAAUAUUGGAUACUACACAAAAUGUAUCGGAAUUAAUACGGGCAUCAAAUGCGGCAGGACGAACUGCCGGCGAUUUAGCCAGCGAGCUGGACUCUAAGAUGGGAAGCCAAAUUAUCACGUGGUUUGCUUCACUUGGUUACAAUGUAGAUUAUGAUAAUCGUUUGGUCAUAAAAGAAGAAGAGAUGUCUUCAUCUUCAAAUGAAGAUGAUGAAGAUGCUGAAAGUACGAUCACUGUAACCAAUAUAUCUGACGAAAUUAAGGAUAUUGGAAAAUUUAGAAUAAAGGAUGAAUUCGUAGGCAUGGGAUUAGACGCUGGAGAAUUACAGCGUGAUAAGCUGAAAAAUCAAGUACUACCAUGCAAUUUCGAUGAAUUAUUGUGCGAUGAAAGUAGAUAUCGUGCUCUUGCCAACGCUUUGAAUGUACAAGAUAAAUGGAAGAGAUUAGCAGUGCCAUGCAAAAUGCAGCAUCUACUAUGCUUAUGGAAUAACGCUGAUGAUAUGCUGGAGUAUAUGCGCAAAAACAUAGAUUACGAAACGUUUGUGUCGGCGUUAGAGCUUAUAGAUAAGAAAAUAUUAAAAUUACUACAAGAAGGAUAAAUACGGAUAUAUGCACAUACCAUCCUACUUGUAUCUAGAAUUACGUUUAUAUGUCUAAAUUAUAGGUAUUAGAAAAUAAAAUAUACCUGCUUACGUAAAUAUUAUGUAUGCAUUUCAUACGUAGAA